AUGAUUGAAGAAACCGCAGAACCCCAAUAAUAAUAAAAAUCAGAAUAAAACAAACCCAAAUAAUUUGUUUUAGAUAGAAAUUCUUUACAAGAAUAUUAUCAAUAAAAUUUUCCAAUUAACCAAUUUUAUGAUUGGUUAUGUUAUUCCGAAUCUUAAGAAUAUUUUUAAAAAAGAGAAUUUUCAUUUACAUUUCCAGGAGAUGUAUAUUGGCGUUAUAUAUUUUUCAAUUCAAAAGAACACCUAUUGUAAACUUUAAUUGAAAAAGUACCAGAAAAAAUAGAUAUAGGGGCCGUAUUUAAUAAAUAAGGAUAAAAAGGUGACAUGAAUUUAAAAGCUAUAGAAAAAGAAUUUGUAAUUGAUAUUGAUAUGACUGAUUAUGAUAAUAUAAGAACUUGUUGUACAGGUGCUAAUAUAUGUGAAAAAUGUUGGAAAUUCAUGAAAUAUGCUUGCGAAUUAAUAUCUAAAACUUUAGAAGAUUUCGAUUUUAAACAUGUUUUGUGGGUUUAUUCAGGAAGAAGAGGUAUACAUGCUUGGAUUUGUGAUUCUAAUGUAAGAAAAAGUUCAGAUAAAAUAAGAUCUUGCAUUAUUGAACAUAUGAAUUUAAUUAUAGAUAAUGAUAAAAGUGAUCAUUAUUUAAAAAGUCAACUUGUAAAUUUAAAAAGUCAUUAUUUAAUUGAUAGGGCAUUUUUAAAAGAUGGAUUAAACAAAGGAAAGCAUGGUUUUAAUAUAUAUGAAUAUGGGAACUUAUAUAAUCCAGGAGGACAUUAUAAUCCAUUUAAUAAAUAACAUGGAGGACCUGAAUCAAAAAAUAGACAUGUAGGAGAUUUAGGAAAUAUUGAUUAUUAUAAUAAAAAUUUAGAAUACGCAGAAUAUGAAAUAGAGGAUGAUUAAGUCAUGUUGACUGGGUAACAUAAUAUUAUUGGAAGAGCUUGUGUUGUACAUAAAAAUGAAGACGACCUAGGUCUAGGAGGUAAUAAGGAAUCAUAAUGUGAUGGAAAUGCAGGACAAAUUGUAGCUUUCGGAGUUGUUGGAUUAUCAGAUAAAUUUAAUUUUUAUUUUUGA